AUGGCUCCUCAUAGACGUCGAGAAUCCGUGAUCAACAAAACGACCACCCAUGACGGAGACCGGUCAAUCAUCCAAGAUGAGACUUCGCGCACCGAUAAUCUGAAGGACAAGUUUAUCGGUGCCAUCGACCAGGGAACUACGAGCACCAGAUUCAUUGUCUUUGAUGGCACGGGUCUGCCGGUUGCUUCGUAUCAGUCUGAAUUCCGACAGAUUCAUGCUCAUUCAGGAUGGCACGAACAAGAUCCUCGAGAACUCGUGUCGACGGUCGAGAAGUGUAUAGAAGAAACCAUGAAAGCCUUCCUGGCUCUCGGCCACUCCAAAUCCGAUAUCGUAACCAUCGGCAUCACCAAUCAGCGUGAGACCACGGUCGUCUGGGAUUGGGAAACCGGCGAGCCCCUACACAAUGCCAUUGCGUGGCCUGAUACCAGAACAAAGGGGAUGGUACGAGAGUUGAGAUCCAAAGAAGGAGCCGAUGAAUUGGACAAGAUUUGUGGACUUCCGCUAUCUACGUAUCCUUCGUCCGUCACUCUCAUGUGGUUGCUCCGCCAUCGACCGGAUGUCAAAAAGGCCUACGACGAAGGUCGUUUGGCAUUCGGAACAGUCGAUUCGUGGCUCCUAUACAACCUCAACGGAGGCGUCAAGAAUAAAGUAUUUGUCACUGACGUGACCAACGCGUCGCGUACCAUGUUCAUGAACUUGCACGAAUUGAAAUAUGACGACAAGCUGUUGAAUUUUUUUGGACUUGACAAGAAUAAACUGCGGUUACCGAAAAUCGUGCCGUCAGCAGACCCAACUGCAUUCGGCAAGCUUGACGGUGGACCAUUAGCCGGUACGACCAUUACCAGCUGUCUUGGAGAUCAAUCGGCCGCCUUGGUGGGCCAUUGCGCCUUUGAGCCGGGUUAUGCAAAGAAUACAUACGGCACAGGUUGUUUCUUGCUUUAUAACGUUGGAGAAAAGCCAGUUAUCUCGCAACAUGGGCUCUUAGCGACGGUGGCCUUCCAGUUGGGCGCUGACCGAAAACCGGUAUACGCUCUGGAGGGUAGUAUUGCUGUUGCUGGUAGUGGUGUCUCGUUUUUGAUGAACAACAUGGGUUUCUUCCGUGACUCUAAGAAAGUGAGUGAAGUCGCUGCAACUGUGCCAGACAACGGAGGUUGUGUGUUUGUCACAGCUUUCAGUGGUCUUUUUGCCCCAUACUGGAUUGAUGAUGCCAAGGGGACUAUCUUUGGUAUCACGCAGCACACACAACGUGGCCAUAUCGCUCGCGCAACACUAGAAGCUGCAUGUUUCCAGACUAAAGCCAUCUUGGAUGCAAUGGCCAAGGACAGUGGUCAUAAAUUGACCGAUCUGGCCGUGGACGGAGGAAUGAGCAAUUCAGAUAUUUGCAUGCAGUCUCAAGCGGAUAUCAUUCAAAUUCCAGUCGAGCGGCCCUCGAUGCACGAAACGACUGCUCUCGGUGCAGCGAUUGCAGCUGGAUUCGCAAGUGGCAUUUGGUCAACAUACGACGAACUCCGACACAUGAACCGAGCUAACAGAAGCGUCUUMAAGCCAUAUCUUGAUGCCCAAGAGAGUGCGUUGAUGUAUAAACAAUGGACUAAAGCGGUAGAAAUGACUCGCGGCUGGCUGGACGCCAGUGAAAUCGGCAUGGACGAGGAUGACGAGGACGCUGCAGGCGGCGAAGAGCCAUCACACGCAACACAUGAGACUGCCGAGCACGUCGUGCGAGUACUACAAAAAGAAGAAUCCGACAACAGCGCCGACGAUGUCGCCGUUGGUUCGGAGUCGGAUUGA